AUGACCUGGUUCCAGAAGCAAAUCACACUGCCGGCCAAGUCCCGCGGCUCGUAUCUCAUCACGGACCAGAUUCUUUCUGCGCUGCCUGAGAUUCAGGAGUAUAAAGUCGGGUUGUUGAAUCUAUUUGUCCAGCAUACGAGCUGUGCUCUUAGCUUGAAUGAGAACUGGGAUGAGGACGUCAGAGCGGAUAUGAGCGAUGCACUUGACCGGAUUGCACCAGACUAUGGUGCCAAGGGAGAGGCACUCUAUCGCCAUGACGCUGAAGGCCCCGACGACAUGCCUGCUCAUAUCAAGUCAGCCCUCAUUGGCGCCAGCGUCACAGUCCCAAUCAAGGACGGCAAGUUGGCUACCGGAACAUGGCAGGGCAUCUGGUACCUGGAGUUCAGGGCAAGCAAACACCGGCGUAACAUCAUAGCAACAAUCCAGGGGGAAAAGGCGUGA